AUAUAGCCGAGAUCGAUGGAAACCCCCCUUAUAAUUUGGUUAUCACUUCUACUUGGAUAUCCUCACUCUAAAUCGUACAUAUAUUUUUCUGGACCUGGUCUGUCGCAUCACGAUCUUGUCCCCACUGUCCCUCGCUCUUAUAUUGCUUUUAUUACUACUACACAUACUUAUCGCUGAAUAAUAAUACCGGCGCGAUGUCGAGACGUGGCCCCUGGACUAAUCGCGAAGAUGAGAUGUUGAAGGAGAUCGUCGAACAACAAGGUGCCUUGAACUGGGUUAAAAUUGCACAGCGCGUUCAAACAAGGUCGCCAAAGCAGUGUAGGGAGCGCUAUCACCAGAACCUAAAGCCCGGUCUCAACCACAGCCCUAUCACACCUGAAGAGGGGAUUUUAAUAGAGAAUUUGGUCCGCUCCAAGGGGAAACGAUGGGCUGAGAUUGCUAGAGCUCUCAACAACCGAAGCGAUAAUGCGGUCAAGAAUUGGUGGAAUGGCAGUAUGAACCGCCGACAGCGUCUAAUGCGUAGAGCAGCUGAAAACCACUACGCCAGGGUUCAUAGCCAAAAUGCUCACGACGAGUCUACUCCGGAACUAUCGCAGGCUCCACCAUCAUACCACUGCCAUGACCCACGUCACCUCCAUCCACGUCCAGGCUACUCAAGCUGCUCACUCUACGGACACCACAAGCAUCAUGAACAUCAUGAACAUCAUGAACAUCAUGAAAAUCACAGGCACCAUGACUAUGAACAACAUGCACUUAUAAAUGAGGCCAUUAGCCUAUCGCGCCCAGCCUCUACUUCUCCCUAUCCUCCUGCGUAUCGUUCUGUCGAUCCUUCUAUAUACGGUUCCACCUCACCAUAUAACUACAGAAGUCGUCGUGCUAGUUCGUGGGAAGACUACUCAGAGUUCUUGGGGCUCCCAUCGCCUUCUGCAUCUUCGAUAUCCCCUGUUGAGCUUCUAGAACCACCUACUCCCUUUCCUUGGAAGCCGGAUCAUAGCUUGCCGUACCGCGAUAUACACACUUCUAGCCACUCCCGAGAGCCUCUCCAUGAACUACCUCCAUUACGGGUUAGUGGACUAUCCUCACCGUCGCAUGGGAUCGAAGCACUGAAUCCCAGUCACGGUUCACAGCCAGCAAGUGAAGUUGUUCGUCCAAACGGGGUACAACUACCGCAUAUUGCCGAAUGCUUCCCGGGAAGUUAUGACUUACAUCGUCGACCGCGCACGGCACCUGAUACACCGCCACGUCAUCCGGCGCAACGCCCGGAACGACGUAAUUCGGGAUCGGGAUCUCCAACCUCACAGCGCGUAUCACCAUACAUACAGCGCCGAUCUCCAUUAUUACAACGCAAGUCUCCACACCUACAGCGUCGAUCCCCGUCAUCACGGUUCGGAGACAAGCACUGCGCUGUGGACCCUAGGAUGAAUUUAAAAUUCCUGACUCAUUAAGUAUGCAAGAAUCUAU